AUGGAAUUAUUGCCGUCGAUAUUUGUUUUUCUGUCUCUAAUUCCGGCUGCUUAUCUUCUCCGCAAGCUUACCCUGAGAAAGGAGUCCAACACUGUAACCACCAAGUUUGAGGUUGGAGAACCAAAGCCUUUACCAGGUACCAUUAGCUGGCCUCUAAUCGGAAAGACUUUUGAGUACAUUUCCAAAGGUCGACAAGGUCUCACAUAUGAGUUUCUAACAGAAAGGUGGAAUAAGUAUUCGUCCCCCAUUUUCAAGACUUCAAUGAUUGGAGAGACCGUGGUGAUCUUUUCUGGUGCCGAAGGGACCAAGUUUCUGUUCUCGAACGAGAAGAGGUUGGUCCAAGUUUGGCGGCGGAGUGCCAUAAAGAAAAUAUUUCCCAAGAUGGAGAAACCUUCCAGUGAGCACUCAGACAUACUGCGUAAACUUCUUCGAUCGAUUCUAAAGAUAGAUGUACAUUGGAAACAAGUGAACCUUAGUGAUCCUCCAGCAAUACACUUGUUCAAUUUGUCCUGUAAUAUAAUCUUGGGCAUCAAUGAUCCAAAAAAAAUUGAGAAAAUUCAAAAGGAUAUGCAGGACAUAGACAACGGUUUGCGAUCAAUACCCAUAAACCUGUCAGGAACGGCUCUGAAUCGUGCCAUCAAAGCGGCCAGGCAUAUUCAGAAAGAGCUUGAGGAAACAAUCAUGCAAAGAAAGAUUGAUCUUUCAGGACAUGAUUCAUGUUCAGUGAUGGACAUCAUGUGGCAUUUGAUCCUGGCAACAAAUGAAAAUGGUCAGUCAUUUUUCGACGAGGACAUUGCAAGCAAUUUGGCAUCUUUAUUACUAGGAAGCUACUCAACCAUGCAACACACAAUCUGUUAG